UUUUUUUUUGCAUAAGAUCGAUUUUCGAAAAUCAAGAUCAAUCAGUUUCCUUCACGUUUCUCGAAAAAUCAUCACUCGCCACUCCGUGGUUCGAUUAUUCGACACCCUGUACGUUAGUCGCGGCGCCAUAACGAAAUGUAAAUCUAUAGCUAUUCCGUGAUUUCCGUGGCGCGGCCGGACUCGCCAACCGUGUCAAUAUGUAAUUCCUCCGGUUAUGAAACGAAAAUUUACGAGCACAAGGCCGCCCUGUGCCAUUAUCAUAAGUGAAGAAAUUAACGUAAUCACAGUCACGACGGCCCUUUCAAUUCCCUCAGUAGCGACGACAACGACGACGACGGCAGCGGCGGUGGCGGCGAUGGCGGCGGCGGUGGUGGUGGCCGAUAUAUAAAACGUGUAAUUCAAGAUUUCCCAUGGAUCGGUUCGUGCUCGAGAUCGGAUCUGAAUUGCGUCAAUACGCGCGCGUUGCAUAAUGAUCUGUAAUAUGGCAUAACUCCGCGUAUCGCGCGCACACGCCCGUCGCGUUCACGAUCACGAUAUUUCUAUUUUGCGGCGCUAUCGACGGGGGUAUCACGAUGUUAUCGUCGUAAUAUGUGGCUCUUGGCCAACGAUCGACGGUUUAUCAAGCUAGAAUCGUUACAUAGGCGUUCCAUUGGAACGUAAACAUCCACAUUGGACGAGGUAUUCUCCUCUCGACGCGAACAAUGAAGUUCACCUUAAAUUCACACGUCGGACUUCAGAAUAGAAACUUUCCACGUUUAUUCUCAUGUCUAUUCUUAUAUUAAUUUUAAAUACAUGGGUAUUCUGGUUCUUCAGUCAUUUCGAAAUGCAGACUGACACGACUUACACGGCACGUAAAAUCAUAAAUAGAAUAAUAAUAUCCUAAAUUCCGACACGAAUCGACAUGUAGAUCGUCUAAGGUUUAAGACGCAAACUUAUAAUUUAACACAGAGGAGACCGAAUUGCCAUUAGUUUCUGUCGCGACACGCGAUACAUAGCCUCUGUAAAUAUACCAUGUCGAAAGAGCUUCGUGAAACGAAAGGCCUGAUAUAUUACGGAUAAAUUGUGCUACACGUUGGAUAGAUAAAUCAGAGAAAUUACUCUCUUCACGAGAAUUAUUUCAAGGCAUAUUUUUUUCCGCAACUGUAGCACAGAGGAUUGAAAAUUGUCCAAAAAUUAUUUGGCACAAUUUGUAACACGCCGGGAAUGCUACGUCAGAAAAAUGGAAUCGACGAACGCUGAGAGAACGCAGCAACGUAAGGAUGAAGCCGGGAGUUCGUCCUUGUUACCCUUGUGGCCUUAUUUACCCCCAUCGACAGCCGACUCGUCUUUUUUAACUCUCAGUUGUAACUGCGUAAGUGGCUGCGAAGAGUGUAAUUAUGGAGCUUUUGCCGAAAUAAGAGAGAAAUGCGCCUACAAGAGACGGAGCAGGAAAAAAUUCCCGAGUGCAAAGAAGUCUUUUUCUUCCGAGGGGCCUUCCUUUGUUGAGGUGUCUUCUUCUUCCGAGGGGUCUUCCUUUGUUGAAGUGUCUGUUCCUUUUAAAAAGACAUCUAACUCAUUUGAGGAGAAUACGAAAUCGCCUAAAACCAACGAAGUCUCCGUAGUGAAGACCGUAACGAAAUCCAAAAGCGAACUCUUUGUCAACUACUGUCCGUAUUCCUCCGAUAAUUGCAGCUGCAAGUCGGGUUGCGCGAAAUGCGACUACGCACUCUAUACGUAUACAGUUAAGAACAAAAGCAAGUUGACAAGUAAAGUCAGACCACUGUACGUAAGAUCCUCAAACGGUUUCAGGAAGACGUCCAGCGGAAGUCGGAAAACUGCGAAAUCAUUUUCAUUAUUUACUCUGAACAUUUCAAGGAAGAAAAAGGCGAGAUUCCCUAAAAUAGAAGUAGCCUUGGAAAGCUGCUAUCCCGAGUCCUCCAGCAGUUGCGAUCGUAAGUCGGUCUACAUAAAACGUAAUGUCAAGCUGUAUACACCUAAGGAACGAGUACCAAAAACCGAGAAGAGGACAUUGGCAAGAAUUUCAAAAAACCUAAAAACAACGAAAACUGUGAGAACUCUGAAACUGAUCAGCAGUAAGAAAGUUCCGAAGAACGUAGUGGCGGAAAUUUCUGAGAGAGACUUCAUGAAAAACUGGUUUCCUGAUUCGUCUAGCAGUAACAGCAACGACUACAAUUCGGGCUGUACGGAUUGUGGAGAGCUCAUAACUACAAAGAAAAAAAAGUUGAAACACAGAUCCGAGAGAACGAGAGCCUCAACGAGUACAAGAUUAUCGCAACUUCUUCGUAAUAUCGGAACGUCUUCGGUAAUCGAGGAAUCAGUUAAAAAUAAGCAGGAUUUGAAACAAACAGCGGAAAUAUUUUCUAAAAGACGUUUGUCGCGGUCCUCAUGCGACUAUUCUGAAAGUGAUUCUUACUUCACUGAUGAAGAUUGCUGCAAUAACAAGUGCGGGAAUAUCCGCCAAUCACGUCGCACGAAAAACUUGACUGCAGGAUUUUAUCGGAAUUUUAAACAAUAUGCUAAUCGAAUUAAUAAAUAAUUUAAUUACUGAUAUUGCCAUAAAUAAUUAAUACAUUACGGAUGUCCUAUAAGAAAUUUGUGAUAUACAUUAAUUAACGACGCUUAAUAUCACACGCGAAGAAGUUAUGUUAAAAUAAGCCAAUACAUUAAUAUAUGAUAAAUCUCGUUGUAUGUAUAAUAUUGAGUUAUGUAUAUACAUACAUACAUAUAUACAUAUAUAUGUUGCAGGCAUAAUACAAAAUCAGGCAUUUUACAAAAAGCCGGCAUAACGAGAUUUUUAGAUAAGAAAUAGUUUAGAAAUGAUUUUAGAUAAGAAGAGUUUAGAAAAAUGCGAUUCUUGUACAUAAUAUAAUAAAAACAAUUUGUAAAUAUAUGCGUGGGCGCGUGGUUCCGCUCCUCCCCCGGAUAAAAAAAUCUAACUCCAAGUCUAUUUCUAAAAACUUAAAACUGAAAUUUGGUUGAAAUGGGCUUGGAGUUAGAUUAGUUUUUUAAGGAGCUACGUCCCUCCCUUGCCUACAUAUGUACUGUCUGUACACACAUAUCAGCAAAUUACUUCCCUUAGCACUGACACUCUUAUAUUUCUCAAAUAUUUAAGCAAAAUCUAAAUGAUGCGCGUUAUAAGUAGGUACACGCAUGACGUUACGCCGACUUUUUGUAAAAUGCCUGAUUUUGUAUUAUGCCUGCAACAUAUAUAUAUAUA